AUGGAGUAUGGCGUGUAUGCUCAGCAUAAUUUUGAAGGCAAUAUGAUUAUGGUGUGUCUCUAUGUUGAUGACAUAUUGCUAACAAGGAGUUGUGAACAUGAGAUAGCUAAGUUAAAGAAAGUGCUGAUGAAUGAGUUUGAGAUAACUAAUCUAAGAAAUAUGACAUAUUUCCUAGGGAUGAAGUUUAUUUACUCUGAGAAGGGUAUCACUUUGCAUCAGUUGAAGUAUGAACUUGAGCUUCUGAAGAGAUUCAAGAUGCUGAAUUGUAAGGCUACUGUCACAUCGUCAGAAACAAAUCACAAAUUGGAUUCUGAUUCUGAAGAUGAUGAUGUAGAUGCCACAACUUUCAAGCAGUUGGUUGGCUCUCUGAGAUGUUACAACUGCGUGUCAAGAAGUUUGACUUCUAAAUUUACUACAGGAUUUGAAGAUCAAGGUAAACAAGCUUAUAAAGCCGAUGAUUGA